AUAGUCUUCGCCUCAGGGGCCAGCGAGAACGUUUCCCGAUGACUCUCCGUCGAGCAACCGAGAUGUCGGGUCCGAGGAAGUUCCUGGUCGUGGGCGGCUGGACGCCACAAGCGGACUCGAGCGCAGAAAACACGAGAGACAGUUUCUCUUCGUUCCUGUCGUACGCUCGACAGAAUCUCCCUGUCGAAAUCGGCACGACUGUUCCUGACGGUCAUCAGGAGGAGGAAGCCUUCUGCAGGGACUGCCACUGCCACUGGGAAGUGGUGGGCGGGACUUUGUCGGGCAGUUCUGAUUCUCAGCUGAAGGAAGCCAUUGUCGACGCUCAGCAGGCGGGCAGAAAGGUGAGAUUACAUUAAUCAUUCUGAAGUUCUAC